AUGGCUCCCUCCGCAGCCUUCGCCGGGCCCCUCUCGCUGCUCUUGGCCCUGCUCGGUUUCAGCGCCGGCGCCCACAGGGCGCGAAAGCCCAACGUGGUGUUGAUCGUGACAGACGACCAGGACGCCUGCCUCGGCGGAAUGACACCACUGAAAAAGACCAAUACCCUUAUUGCAGAGAUGGGGAUAAGCUUCUCCAAUGCUUAUGUACCCAGUGCAUUGUGCUGUCCCAGCAGAGCCAGCAUUUUAACAGGAAAAUAUCCACAUAAUCACCAUGUUGUCAAUAACACUUUGGAGGGAAAUUGCAGCAGCAAAUCUUGGCAGAAGAUGCAGGAACCGAAUACCUUCCCAGCUAUUCUCAAGUCUAUGUGUGGCUAUCAGACCUUCUUUGCUGGGAAAUACUUGAAUGAGUAUGGAGCAGAAGAUGCUGGGGGAAUUGGCCAUGUUCCUCCUGGAUGGAGUUUCUGGUAUGCAUUAGAAAAAAAUUCAAAGUACUACAAUUACACACUUUCAGUAAACGGGAAAGCACGGAAGCAUGGUGAGAACUACAGUGUCGAUUACCUGACAGAUGUACUGGCCAACAUGUCCUUGGAUUUUCUGGAAUAUAAAUCCAACUUUGAGCCUUUCUUCAUGAUGAUAGCAACUCCAGCACCACAUUCACCUUGGGUAGCUGCUCCUCAGUAUAAGAAGAGCUUCCAGAAUGUCAGUGCUCCAAGAAACAGUAAUUUCAAUAUUCAUGGAAAGGAUAAGCAUUGGCUCAUCAGGCAAGCAAAAACUCCAAUGACUAAUUCAUCAAUACAAUUCCUAGAUGACGCUUUUAGGAAAAGGUGGCAGACUCUACUAUCAGUGGAUGAUAUGAUAGAAAAACUUGUGAAGAUGCUGCAAUUCCGCGGAGAACUGGAUAAUACAUACAUCUUUUUCACAUCUGACAAUGGUUUUCAUACAGGCCAGUUUUCUUUGCCUAUUGACAAACGUCAGCUCUAUGAGUUUGACAUUAAAGUUCCAUUGUUGGUUCGAGGACCAGGAAUCAAACCCAACCAGACGAAUAAGGUGCUUGUGGCAAACAUUGACUUGGGACCUACUAUUUUAGAUAUUGCAGGCUAUGAUCUAAAUAAAACACAGAUGGAUGGGGUCUCACUGUUACCACUACUGAGAGGAGAUGCAAAUGUGACCUGGAGAUCAGAUGUUUUGGUUGAAUACCAAGGAGAAGGGCAUAACAGCAGUGAUCCUACCUGUCCGGCCCUUGGGCCUGGUGUCACUCAUUGUUUUCCAGAUUGUGUUUGUGAAGAUGCUUACAACAACACUUAUGCAUGUGUAAGGACACUCUCAACUUUGUGGGAUCUGCAGUACUGUGAAUUUGAUGAUCGGGAGGUAUUUGUUGAAGUUUACAACUUGACUGCUGAUCCACAUCAGCUAAACAAUAUUGCAAAAACAAUAGAUCAAGAAAUCUUAGAAAAAAUGAACUAUCGACUAAUGAUGUUGCAGUCCUGUUCUGGAUCAACUUGCCGCACACCAGGAGUCUUUGACCCAGGGUACAGGUUCAAUCCACAUCUGAUGUUCAGCAAUCAUGGAGCUCCUCCUCGCAGACUUUUCACACGUUCCUUGUAGCUGCAUCCACUAGCCUGUUUGUUUGUUUCUUCAAAGCCACUGCAGUAGACCUGCCUAACUCAAU